UGUGCACAAGCAGUCAGUGUGAGAGAAACUAGAGAGCUCCCAUUUAUCUCUUUGUUAAGUUGUGCUAGGGUUUUGAUUGGAGUGAUUUGUAUUCGAAUUCGAUAGACACAGAACAAGAAAUGGAGACGUCUUUAAGAUACGGAAAAGACUCAAAAGCUUUAAGAAUCCAUGCCAAGGAGAAGUUUCUCAUUGAUUCCAAUACUCGCUUGCAGGUCCAUGGAGAGCUAGAUACAAGAGUGGGAAAUCCAAGUUAUUGUAGUGCAAUGAUCAGACACUUCUACCCAGAUUUAUCAGCAAGCCUUGGAGUAGGUUUGCAGUAUACUAAACAUGAGAAGCUUAGGUAUUUUGUACGUGCCAAGAAAGGAUUUCCUGUGACCAGUAAUGGUUUGCUAAGCUUUAAUAUCAAGGGAAGAUGUGAUGUUGACAAAGAAUUUAAACAGAAAAAUUCAAAAGGAGCUGCUGAAUUUUCUUGGAGCAUAUUCAAUUUUCAGAGAGAGCAAGAUAUUCGAUUCAAACUUGGCUAUGAAGUGAUUGACAAGGUUCCGUACUUUCAGAUCAGAGAAAAUAAUUGGACACUCAAUGCUGACAUGAAUGGUCGGUGGAAUGUGAGAUAUGACUUGUGAAGAAGGAAGACACACUUUGCCGGAGGUGGUAUUUGUAUUAGGAAACUAAACAUGUUUAUUAUAAUUCUGCUAGACAGUCCUUAGCUGGAACUGCAAUGGUGUGAUUUUGGAAUCCUUAAUUGAUUCUUACAUAUCUCUUUUCUUA